GGGGAAGGUGCAUAGGUCGCCAAAUUGACAGCCAAGGCUGCCAUAAUUAUUUCGGCGCUUACCUUCAUCGUAAACAGCUUUCCGCACCAGGGACAGAAGUACUUCGCGUCGUGGUCUGGGUGGAACUUGUGCUUUAUUUUAGAUAUUCAAGGUGAAGAUGGCAAAAGCAUUGGGUUUCACAUAUAUUGCCAAUCGUUUCUACUCAGCAGGAGUUCCCAAAGUGAGAGCGCAAAAAUAUGUUCUUAAUAAAUAUUUCCAAGGCGAACCUAAAAAAAGUGAUUUUCAAAUAAUAGAAGAAGAACUAUCGGUUUUAAAGGAUGGAGAAAUUUUAACUGAAGCAGAGUUUCUAAGCGUUGAUCCGUACAUGCGAGCGUACAUGAUUGGAUAUAAGCUGCCAACCGAUAUGAUCGGUGGCCAAGUGGCGAAGAUUAUUGCAAGUCGCAAUAAAAAAUUUCCCGAAGGAAAAUAUGUAGCGGGUUCAUUCGGAUGGCGAACCCAUACGAUUUGCAAUCCUUCUUUGCCACCAAAAAUUGGAUUUUUGCCCACGACACUGCUGCCAGACAUCAGUCCACACCCGGUGUCCCUUGGUUUGGGUAUUCUCGGCAUGCCUGGGAACACUGCACAUUUUGGACUUAAGGAGAUAUGCCAGGCCAAGCCCGGAGAGACCAUAGUGAUCACGGGAGCGGCUGGAGCAGUCGGCUCUCAUGUUGGACAAAUAGCUAAAGCGAUCGGUUGCCGUGUCGUUGGUUUCGCUGGUAGUGACGAAAAAUGCGAAUAUUUAGAAAAAGAUUUGGGAUUUGACAGAGCAUUUAAUUAUAAGACGGCCAACAUAAAACUUGCGUUAAAAGAUGGCGCUCCUAAACGAGUCGAUUGCUAUUUCGAUAAUGUUGGAGGUGAAAUCAGUACAACUAUCAUGAACUUCAUGAAUUAUUACGGAAGAGUGGCAGUGUGUGGCUCAAUAUCAUCAUAUAAUGAUGAUAAAUUGCCAAAGGUUACAAUUUUACAACCUGCAAUAGUUUUUAAAGAACUAAAGGUUGAAGGAUUUUUGGUGAAUAGAUGGAUUGAUCGUUGGGAUGAGGGUAUAAAUGCAAAUCUGAAGUUGUUACGAGAAGGAAAACUGAAAUACAAUGAAAAAAUAUAUCACGGGUUUGAUAACAUGGUGGAUGCUCUCGUCGGCAUGCUUCGAGGCGAAAACACAGGCAAAGCUGUCGUUAAAGUUAAGUAAAAAUGUACUUAAAAAAAGAAAUGUUAUAUUAUUUACUGUAUUACAAUAUGUACCUAACCUA